GCUACGAUUUUGCCGCCGUCUUGGAGUGGUUCGCCGAGCGGGUAGACCGCAUCAUCCUCCUCUUCGACGCCCACAAGCUUGACAUCUCUGACGAGUUUUCGGAGGUCAUCAAAGCCCUGAAGAACCACGAGGACAAGAUGAGAGUCGUCCUCAACAAGGCCGACCAGAUUGAGACCCAGCAGCUCAUGCGGGUCUACGGGGCCCUGAUGUGGUCUCUGGGGAAGAUCGUCAACACCCCCGAAGUCAUCCGGGUUUACAUUGGGUCCUUCUGGUCUCACCCGCUGCUGAUCCCGGAUAACCGUAAACUCUUCGAGGCCGAGGAGCAGGAUCUCUUCCACGACAUCCAGAGCCUCCCCAGGAACGCGGCACUCCGGAAACUGAAUGACCUGAUUAAAAGGGCCCGCCUGGCCAAG